AGCAUCAAGAGUGGAGUGUUUUAAGACAAUUAAUGGCAAUGUCUAUUUUACUGUAAUAAAACUUUAAAAACAAACAUUUACCAUAGAGUUUGAUCCCGUCUCUUUUGUGGGACAAGACCAAGAGAAGACUGGAGAGAAGGUUUCUUUCAUUUCCUUAAUCCUUUUCACUCUCCCACUUCCUAGACUGAAUACUCCGCUUGGAGACCUGCCCAUUGAGCUCCCCGACCUUCGAAGCCUCGCCAGCGUCUUGCGCGCUCCCUCCCCGCCACGCCUCCCCCCGCUCGGAGGGUGGAUGUAUCCGGGGACGGUGCAGAGAGGACUCAGCCGGCCUCCAGUGCCAGGCAACACUGAGGCACCGGCGGGCACCGGAGCCGGCUGCGGGACCGCUUCGGCUCCCCGCGCAGCUCCGGGUUUCAGCUGCGGCCGCUGCACGGCGCCGGGUGACUUCGGCCGGCUGCAGCCCGCGGGCAGGUACUUGCAGUAAUUCUACCGGGAAGAUUGUGGUUUUCCAAAGGGCUCCGCGCUUGCCUGAGGUGCUGAGCCGUUGGAGCCCAAAGGCAGACGCGACAGCUCUUUUUUGUUUUCCUUAUAAAAAGUGAACCCAUAACCCCAGCAGACCGGCGCAGCAGAGCGUGGGCAUGCUUGGCACCAGGUGCUAAUCUGUUUGGGACGCAGCGGUGUGACUUGUUUCUGCGAGCAGUAAAACUUGCCAGGGCGGAAAGGAAAAUGAUUAAAUCCAAGUAGCGCGCCGCACUUGUCGGGCGUCCGCACCGCGCGGCGGGACCUCGGGCGAGGGCACCAUGCCACCCCGCUCUCUGCCCGGCCUCGCCCCCGCCGUCGGCGGCAACCAGAGCGGUGUCCUUCCCGAGGGAUCCGGAAGGAACUUCCUGGCCGGCUCCGACCGGACCUCGGCGGAGCUGGCGAUCCGCUGUGUGAUCCCGUCCGUCUACCUGCUCAUCAUCGCGGUGGGCUUGCUGGGUAACGUCAUGCUGGUGAAGAUCUUCAUCUGCAGCCGCGCCAUGCGGAGCGUCCCCAACAUCUUCAUCUCCAACCUGGCCGCGGGCGACCUGCUGCUGCUGCUGACCUGCGUGCCGGUGGACGCCUCGCGCUACUUCUUCGACGAGUGGAUGUUCGGGAAGGUGGGCUGCAAGCUGAUCCCGGCCAUCCAGCUCACCUCCGUGGGGGUGUCCGUGUUCACGCUCACGGCCCUCAGCGCCGACAGGUACAGGGCCAUCGUCAACCCCAUGGACAUGCAGAUGCCAGGUGCGGUGAUGUGGACUUGUGUGAAGGCUGUGGGCAUCUGGGUGGUCUCCGUGCUGCUGGCAGUUCCUGAAGCUGUGUUUUCAGAAGUGGCACAUAUUGGAAGCUUGGAUAAUAGCAGCUUCACAGCAUGCAUACCUUAUCCUCAGACGAAUGAAUUACAUCCAAAGAUUCAUUCAGUGCUCAUUUUUUUGGUCUAUUUCCUCAUACCACUAACUAUUAUUAGCAUUUAUUAUUACCACAUUGCCAAGACUUUAAUUAAAAGUGCACAUAAUCUUCCUGGGGAAUAUAAUGAACAUACCAAAAAACAGAUGGAAACAAGAAAACGCUUGGCUAAAAUUGUCCUGGUCUUCGUGGGCUGCUUUAUCUUCUGUUGGUUUCCAAAUCACAUCCUCUACAUGUAUCGAUCUUUCCAUUACAAGGAGAUUGAUCCAUCACUAGGCCACAUGAUUGUCACCUUGGUUGCCCGAGUUCUGAGUUUUUGCAAUUCUUGCGUCAAUCCAUUUGCUCUUUAUCUACUCAGUGAAAGCUUCCGGAAGCAUUUCAACAGCCAGCUGUGUUGUGGAAAGAAAUCCUAUCCAGAGAGAGCCACCAGUUACCUCCUCAGCUCUUCAGCAGUGCGGAUGACAUCUCUGAAAAGCAAUACCAAGAACCUGGUGACCAAUUCUGUCUUACUAAACGGACAGGGGACCAAGCAGGAAAUGGCGCUGUGAUUUCGAUGAUUCCACUGACUACUUGAAAAGAAUAGACCAAUUUUUGGUUCCUAUUAAGCAGAGCAGAAUUAAUUGGUCCACUUUUACUGUUGCCCAGCUAAUUCAUUAGACUAUUUCAUGACUGAUUCGAAAAAGUUAAGAAGUUUUUUUUUUCUGAGCAGAACUUUACAUUAUAACACUGUAUAGUCAGAGACACACAUGCAUCUCAUUAAAAGUGACUCAAGAGCAAUUUAAUAUGUAUAUAAAUCAAUAUUGCUUUAAGGUUUCGGCUUUUUUUGGAGCAAAUUGUAGUAUAUUUACCUUAAAUUCAUCUUAUUUUAAGGCAUAAAAUAAUUUUAUUGAUACACUGAUUCAAUGAGACAUAAUAUUCAAGCCCAUAUUAUUUGAAAUAUGAAUCAUAUUUUUCUGGUGGACAAAAUUUAUUCAUAACUAGUAUACAUUAUAUAAGAAAAUUCAAUGUAUAAUCUUGUACAGCUUAAUCAUAUAUCAAAACUAUUUAUUGUUGCAUUUUGUGUGAUUAGUCAUAGUUUAUAGAAAUAGUUUAUGUCUGUUAACAUUAGGUACCAUAUAUGAUUAAAACAUGAUGGCAUUUGUUAUUAUGAAUUGUAAAUAAGUAUCCCAUCAAAUGGCUUACCUUAUGAAUGUAAAACAGAUUUCAAAUUGCAAAACAGUGACUCAGAAACUAGCAUGUCCAUAUUUGUAUUCAUUGUUAAAUCCUUAACAAUUGGCUUGAUUCUGUAUAGAUGUGAUAAGAAUUGUAAAAUUCUUUUGUGUUCUCAUUCCAUCUUGCAAUACCCAGCUGACAAGUGUGUGGGAUCUCUUUUAGGCAAUUUUUCUCUGCAUGUUAUCACAUAUUUUUUCUAAAUAAAUGUCCUGAUCUGUGUCAGCAAAAAUA